ACUACCAAUUGAGUGAACAAAAGAGGAAUUUUGUAAAGUUGGUAGUGCUAUGCUAAUAGCAAAUUUGAUAGUCGCAAUAGCAACCCCCAAAACCAGUGUCAUUGCCAGGCCUCAUGGGCCCAUAGGGCUCUACAACCAUUUGAAGAAGAAAAAAUUACAUAUGUGGUAAAAAAAAAUUCUAAAAAAGAUAUGUAGAUUCUCUGGUGGGAGAUGACAUGAGAGCAAAUCAAGGACUUUAUAAUGAGGAUCUUAAAAUUAAAUUCUACAGCAAGCCUCUUUUAAAUUCUGAUAAUGUUUUGAUUAUCUUCUAAUUUGCCAUUAUUAGAAAGAAAUAUUUUCCUAAUCUUAUUAAAUUGCAAAAAUAUGUUUAUAGACUUGCCAUUACACCCUUCAUUUAUAUUCAUUAAAGAAGAUCGAUCCAUUCUCUUCUUAUAAAGAAAGUUGUGACCAAAGGCAAAACAAAUAGCAAUCUUCCCCUUUUCGGCGUUGGUUACAUUUUACUUACCUAUUUUAGCAUACAAUCUUCCAUAGGAGGCAAAUCAAUUCAAUUCCAUGGUUAUGCUUCGACAGGGCAUGCAACAUGUUCGAAAUUACUACAACUCGGAGCCUCAAAUGAUGAGAAGUAGCUUUUCUCAGCCAUUCAUCUCUAGAACAUACAAAACCAGUUUCUUGAAGCCAAAAUCAAAGGCAGAGAUCAAAGUAUUGGCUGCUAAGAAACACAGUGAAGCAGAAAAGAGACGUAGAAUGAGAAUCAAUGGUCAAUAUGAAACCCUCCGAAAUAUCCUCCCCAACAUAAUCAAAAAGGACAAGGCAUCAGUAUUGGCAGAGACUAUAAAGCAAGUGAAGGAGCUGAAGAAAAAGGUGUCAAAACUGGAACAAGAUAGUUCUACUAAUCCAUCAAAGGAUGUUGUUAAGUUUCCUAGUGGGGCAGAAAAGUUGCGUUUGGAAAGAUGUAACAUUGAGGAGGGCCUAGUGAAGGCCACAUUGAGUUGUGAGGAUCGUCCAGAAUUGAUGCAAUUAAUAUCAAAGGCAGUAGGGUCAGCCAACACAAAAUUGGUAAAGGCUGAGAUAGUGAGUGUGGGAGGGAGAACCAGAAGUGUGUUGUGGGUGCAAGGUCUUGGAAAUGAUGGUAUGGGGAUGCUCAAGAGCCAUUUGAGGACUGCAUUGCACAAGCCGCGUUCUUUUCAGUAACUGUUUAGUGUUCUUGAUUCUGACUUCUAAUGAUGGAGGAAUGUUGACACAGUUAGGAGCUAUAACGAUAAGGGCUAAUGACAAGAAGAUUUUUCUAGUUUUGAGGAUUAUAGAAUAAUGAUGACUUUAGGAGCUUUGUAGAGCCCAUGGCUUUCUCACAUUCUAGGAUUACUGUAUCUCCUUUUGCAAGCAAAAUUUAGCUUUUACUUUAUAGUUUGUAUAUGAAUAUCAUGUUCGACUCUACAUAUAAAGAAUAUAAUGACUUGACGGGUUAACAUGUAAUGUGUGUUUGAUUAUGGAUAUGGAAGCUUCCAGUUAUUAAUGUAUUC